AUGUAUAAGUUGCUGUGUAUAUUAUUGUUUAUAUUACACGUAAACGGGCAGGAGUAUGAUGCUGAUUGUAUCACGCCAACAGGUCUGGCAAGUCACUGCAUCUCUAUCAACGACUGCGAAAAGUUGAAGCCACUCAUACGACUACCUCCAGUACAACGGGAGGCUCUCAAAUCAUGGCACUGUGGUUAUGAUGGUGACGUACCUAGAGUAUGCUGUCCUCCCACCACGCCCAAGGCCAGAUGCUACACAGUCAUGGGAAAGGCCGGUAUAUGCGUCAGCACUAAAGCCUGUCCCAGCAUUGCGAUACGUCUGAAACCACCCGUCAGUACUGCAAAUCUGGAGUAUGUUUUACGGUCAAAAUGUCGUGGUCCAGCGGAAUUGAACGUGUGUUGUGAAGAGCCAGUACGUAAACCCACACUUGAGAAUACGAAAGCGAACAUAACAGCUGAUGACAGGAUUAAUAUCAUCACUUCGAAUCCCAUUGAGAAAGUCACGGCAAACCCAGUAUCAACCAACAAUCUGCCAAACACGAAUUCUAUAAACAUACCAAACUGCGACACAGUAGACAUUCCUAACCCCGACAGUGGUUGUUGUGGAAUCGACAGUAAUGGCGGGAACAGAAUUAUCGGAGGAAACGCUACUGCAAUAGAUCAAUAUCCGUGGUUAGCGCUCCUAGAGUAUUCCAACACACGUUGGAUAUGUGGUGGAACACUUAUUAGCAGACGUUGGGUCCUAACUGCUGCGCACUGUCUCGUCACGCACGAAAUGAAGAGCAGAAACGCACAAAGCGUCCGCCUUGGGGACUAUAACAUAACGAAUCCUGGCAUCGACUGUGUUGAAGUCGAGGGUGGUGGCACUGAUUGUAUUGCUGAGCCACUAUCAAUUACCAUCAAUGAAACGAUAAUUCAUCCAGAAUAUAGGGCUCCAAAAACAUUUGUUGAACCAAACGACAUUGCAUUAAUCCGCCUCCAGGAGUUAGCUCCCUAUUCAGACUUCAUUAGACCGAUUUGUCUUCCGCCCUCCGACGUGUUUCAAUCACCACCAGCGAAUAUGAAACUGAUCGUGGCAGGAUGGGGAGCCAUGAGUGAAACAAAAUCAUCAAGUGACGUUAAAUUACACGUGGACUUGCCGUUCUUUGACCAACAGAGCUGCCGGAAACUAUAUUCCUUGAAGGGAAAACCAAUAAUAUGGGAUAAGCAGAUAUGCGCAGGCGGCGAGGCAAAUAAAGAUUCCUGUAGCGGCGACUCAGGUGGUCCCCUCAUGUACUCGGAGGAAGAAAAGCCAUUUCAGAUAACCGGUAUCACGAGCUUCGGCGUAAAGCAGUGCGGUUUUAAGGGAAGACCCAGUAUUUAUACUAAGGUCAUUUCGUAUGUCGAUUGGAUUAGAAGUGUGGCUAAGCCGUGA